GGAUGAGAUGGAGGAAGUGGCUCCUGAGAUUAAUGAAAAACCUGAUCUUUGUCUGGGAAGUCUCAAUGCAUUUGGCCUUGGAUCUACUCCCAAUUCGACCGCACCUAAGGAAGCCCAUUUGGUGUUUCUUUUGGUAGUGCAGCAACAACCCCAACAAGCUAUCCAUUUGCUAUGGCAGCACCUAGUGGAGAGCUGUUUCGCCCUGCUUCUUUCAAUUUCCAGUCUCCACAAUCUUCACAGCCAUCACAACCACCAAUUGCAAGUGCAUUCUCUGGAGCCUUUGGUACUCCAACAAAUGCUCAAGUUCCCACUCAGAGUGGAUUUGGUCAGCCAUCACAGAUUGGACCUGGUCAACCCGCUCUUGGAUCAGUUCUUGGGACUUUUGGACAGUCGAGACAGAUUGGCUCUGGUUUUGGAGGUGCUGGCUUUGCAUCUUCUGGCAGUGUUGGUGGGGGUUUUGCCGCUGCUAGUUCAACUGGUGGUUUUUCUUCCUCCGCCACUGCAGGUGGAUUUGCAGGGGUUGGUUCUACUGGAGGUGGGUUUGCUGCUUUAGCAUCUUCUGGCGGUGUUUUUGGUGGUAUGGGUUCAGGCGGUGGUGGAUUAGGUGGUGCAGCCUCAGCUGGUGGUGGAUUUGGAGGAUUUGCUGUGGCUGCUUCAUCCGGUACCGGAUUUGCAGUAGCUGCUCCUGGGGGAGGAUUUUCGACUGGAGCUGGUUUUGGGGCGUUCGGCAGCCAACAAGGUGCAGGUGCCUUCUCUGCUUUUGGUGGUGGUGGAAAUGCAAAACCACCUGAGCUUUUCACACAGAUGAGAAAAUAGUUUCAGCAGAGCUCACGGGAACUUCAGAAUGACAUAAUUACAUAGGUUAGCAAAGUCAACUAAUUAUCUAGUGGCAGUACCUUCUCUUUUAAUCCUGGCGCCACCGGACUAGUUCUCAUGUACCAUAAUAUGACAGCAUGAUGGUCUGCAUAUCUUUUGGCUGUGGCUUGCACUUGUUGUGAGUGCGCUUUCACUUGCGAUUUUUCCUGUAUAGCGGAAACAUAGUUUUAUAGGGAUUGUUCUGGCAGGUAUAUUUAUCGGUUAAAGACUGCAAACUUAAUGUUACCCAAGGCAACGAAGUUUCUCUUCUUUUACAA